AUGAUUUGGUGGUACCAUGUCAAGGUGACAUUGGAGAACGUUCCUCUGGAGGCAUGGAACGAGGACGGUGUCAAGUUGAUCCUUGGCGACGCGUGCAUCUUCGACAAGCUCGACAGCCACAUGACGUCGAGGGAGAUAAGGGAGUCCUCGCAGUUCCUCACCUGCUUGGUGUGGAUGGAGACUCCAGACGUCCUCCCCAAGGCCAUGGAGUACUGGUACUUCGUGGCGAAGGCGGGACAGGCUAUGGACAUCCUCGACCUGCCAUCCCCCACCCGCAUCCCGCCCACGCCACCGAUGGGUAAGUUUGGCGACAAGGCCAUCUUGAUUCACCUGGUGGGGUAG